CCAUGACGACCUGCUCCUGGCUGCGGUGCCGCGGGGCCCCGCGCCUCCGCCCCCGCGCCUGCUGCCGGCGGCCCGUGGCCAGUUUGCUGCAGCUCCGCGGCUACGCCCGGGGGCUGGCCGGCCUCUCCGCCGGGCUGCUGCGUACCGACAGCUUCGUGGGCGGCCGCUGGCUCCCGGCCGCCGCCACCUUCCCGGUGCACGACCCUGCCAGCGGCGCCGCGCUCGGCUCGGUGGCCGACUGCGGGGUGCCCGAGGCCCGCGCCGCGGUGCGCGCCGCCUACGAGGCUUUCCGCAGCUGGAGGGGGGUCUCGGCCAAGGAGAGGAGUGUGCUCCUUCGGAACUGGUACGAUUUAAUGAUACGAAAUAAGGACGACCUUGCCAAAGUCAUCACUGCUGAGAGCGGGAAGCCACUGAAGGAGGCGCAGGGAGAAAUUCUCUACUCGGCCCAUUUCCUGGAGUGGUUUUCUGAGGAAGCCCGGCGCAUUUAUGGCGACAUCAUCGCUACUCCCACCAAGGGGAGGCGGGCCCUGGUCCUCAAGCAGCCCAUAGGUGUGGCCACGGUCAUCACGCCGUGGAACUUCCCCAGCGCCAUGAUCACCCGCAAGGUGGGGGCCGCCCUGGCAGCUGGCUGCACCGUGGUGGUGAAACCUGCCGAGGACACGCCCUUCUCUGCCCUGGCCCUGGCCGAGCUUGCAAACCAGGCGGGAAUUCCUGCAGGUGUGUACAACGUCAUUCCCUGCUCUCGGAAUAAGGCCAAGGAAGUGGGGGAAGUUCUUUGCACCGACCCUCUGGUGUCCAAAAUCUCCUUUACUGGCUCGACCGCCACGGGAAAGAUCCUCCUGCGCCACGCAGCCAGCUCUGUGAAGAGGGUCUCCAUGGAGCUGGGCGGCCUUGCUCCCUUCAUUGUGUUUGACAGCGCCAACGUGGAGCAGGCUGUAGCAGGGGCCAUGGCUUCAAAAUUUAGGAAUGCUGGACAGACUUGCGUUUGCUCAAACCGAUUCCUGGUGCAGAGGGGGAUUCAUGAUUCCUUUGUGAACAAAUUUGCUGAAGCAAUGAAGAAAACUCUGCGUGUAGGGAAUGGAUUUGAGGAGGGAACCACGCAAGGCCCGCUAAUCAAUGAAAAAGCAGUAGAAAAGGUGGAGAAACACGUGAAUGAUGCAGUUUCUAAGGGGGCCACCAUUGUGACAGGUGGGAAGCGGCACCACCUGGGGAGAAACUUCUUCGAGCCCACUCUGCUCAGCAGCGUUACCCAGGACAUGCUCUGCUCCCGGGAAGAGACUUUCGGGCCCCUGGCACCAGUUAUCAAGUUUGAUACUGAAGAGGAGGCCAUAGCCAUCGCCAAUGCCACUGACGUGGGGUUAGCAGGUUAUUUCUACUCUCAAGACCCAGCGCAGAUCUGGAGGGUGGCUGAGCAGCUGGAGGUGGGCAUGGUCGGCGUCAACGAAGGCCUCAUUUCCUCCGUGGAGUGCCCUUUCGGGGGGGUGAAGCAGUCUGGCCUCGGCCGGGAGGGCUCCAAGUACGGCAUUGACGAGUACCUGGAGGUCAAGUACGUGUGUCACGGGGGCUUGUAGGAGUCCUCGGUCCCCUGGAAAAUAAAGAGGGAGGCUUGCCCGCACGAAGAGGGAGCUGCCACCUGUUUUGUGAAACCAUAGAUUCUCGGAAUGAUGACUUUUUAGAACCCAUCCAGUCCCUAUAAUCUGAAGCAGAUGCAGAUCCUACCCCUGCCCUUUCCCAACAAGGGGUCGAUGUGCGCAGCGUGCCCACGGCUGGGCUCUCCAGGAUGGCCAGCACAGCGUUCCUAGAAGGAUGCCCUGGGCCCGCAGCACCACCCUAUCCAUCUCUAGAGCGAGGGUUGGCUCCACACGUGGGCCCAGGGGCUUUGAGAGAGACCCCCCGGGCAUGGCGGAGGGCUGGGGCUGGGGCACAGCCAGCUCGCCACUAAGGCUAGGCAGGGUGUAUCCAGAGAUGUCUCUGCGGGGGCUGUCAGGCUUUUGUCUAGCCACUUCUGAAAUAGCACAGAGCUGCCGUGGGGAGCGAAGCGGUGCCUCGCCCGGUUUCUGGACCGCUCUUCCAUUUGAAGUCUUCAUCAUCCUAAAGUGUCUGCUUUGGAGUUCGUUGAGGGCCUGAGCAUAAUCGUAGAGAGCAGAGGCUGGCAGAGGUAGCCUGGUAGUAAGGCAGGCGCCGGGGGACCCUGCCUGGCCCCUUCCCUGGGCAGCCUUGUCACUGUGGUCGUGCCACGCAGCACCUCCCACCCCAUGUGGGCGGUGAGCAUCCUCCGUAGGCCUUACUCAGCCCCCACGGCUGCUGGCAGCCUGGGAGAAGGCGCAAGAACUCUGCAAAAAGAUGGAGAUCCUGUGUCGGGACGGGAGCCAUCGUUGCUAUGAGCUGUGCCACCCAGAUGCCCCGCACACGUCAGCAGGGGCAUUGCCGCCGAGGGAAGCCAGGCCCACCUGCCUGCCAGCUGUAUGUGGCCUGCUGUGCGCUGGGGGUGGAGCUGGCCCUUCACCUGUGCUCACCACAGUGGCCCCAAAAGGGAAACGGAUUUCCAUAAUUGCCAGUCCACCCUGCGGAAGGGGCAUGGAGCCUUGCAUUUCAGGCAGCGUUAAUCUAAAAACUAUGGACAGUUCAGCAUGCAAACAACACACAAGACACAAAAACCCCAUGACCAGCGUUGGCUCUUAAAGAAAACCUCCAAGAAAGUCCGAGGCUCCUCCAGACAUGUCCCCCAUGCCCACGGGGAUAGAGGCCGAUCCUGGCCACAGGGGCACAGAGGAAGCUCCCUCCUCUUCCCCAGUCUCAGUGUGUAGACCCCACUCUCAUUCUGUGGAUGUGCCAGGUAGCGGGUGAAAGUAGUGCUGGCUACAAUCACCCCCGAGCCCCACACAGCACUGAGCAGCCCUCUGUGAGCCACUGGGGAGCUGGCCGAGUAGCCGACAGCACCCAGGGGCACCUCCAGGCUGGCGCUGGCUUCCCUGGGGCCUGGCUUACACCAGCUAUCACCAAGGUCAAGGGAGAGGGGAGCAGACACCUGCCUGCAGGUGACAUCGCCCAGCACUGGCAGGGCUCCCAUCCCUGCCAUGAUGACACUCAAUUUCUACUCUACUGGUGUCAUCCUUGGGUGGCUUUUAAUCUAAGUAUUUGAAAUCUGGGUGUGUCCAUUUUUUUUUUCUAUUAAGAAUACAGAAUUUCAAGCAUUAGUUUUUAAAGUCAGACAGCCAUGCUAUGCAGAAGAUAUUUUUCAAACAUAUUUUUUAACUUUGGAACAGAGUGCUUACUUCGGUGACCAAUUUUAAGUUUUCCUGCAUAUUUUGUUUUCUAGAUAAAUUUAGGGCCAGAGGCUCAAGGCCAUAGCCUUGAUCAAUUAUGUAAUUAAAAUUUGGAAAGGAAACAGCUUAUUGUUUAAUAAAAUGUUCCCCCGUUGGGGGAAGACAGAGAAGUGUUUUUAAGUUGAACUUUUUUGAUUAUUUUUCAAUAAGGUAACCAUUUGUGUUAGAUGGGAUUUACACACUCACACACACACACAUGAAAUGGAAAAGGAUCAUGAGACCAUGGUUUGACAACGACAUCACACACACACACACACUGACCUGCACCUGGUGUUGUCCAACAUGAUAGCUAUGAGUUGUGCUAUUUUCAAAUGGUUAGAAAAAGAUCAGGACAGCGCUUUAUGCUACAUGAGAAUUCUAUGAACUUCAGAUUUCAGGGUCCAUAAGUAAAACGUUAUUGGAAUGCAGCCACACCCUGGGUCACGCCAGCUGACCACCAAGGUCAAAGGCAGAAAUCCAGCACGAGGGACACUGCCCUUGGGUGACUGUGAAUCCAGGGACGUAGAUUCGGGUGUGUCCAUCUUCUCACAUGACACUGCUUGGCAGAGUUGGACCAUCCCAAGAGCAGAAGUGUGGCCUGCAAAGCCUAAAAUGUUUACUGUUUGGCUCCUUAAAGACAAAGUUUGCCAGCCCCCGGUCUAGACCAGGAGAGAGCGAGCAACCUGUCCACGACUGCUGGGCAGUACUUUGUGUUCCUGAACACCUGUGUAGCAACAUGGCUACCCCGGGGUCUCGGCAGGGACUCCUCAUUAGUCACCACGCAACUCACAUCAAAUCAUCCAAACAACAAGUCUGUGGGCCUUAAAGAAGCACUUUUCACACUGGGUCCCGGCGAGACAGGGCUUCUCAUGGAGAGCUGAUCUGCAUCUGUUUCCCGACCAUGUGAGUGUUUUUAAGUAGAUUUUACGUGAAGUGCUAUUUCUCUUCCUGUGUCUGCCUUCAUGCUUAGGGUGAGACUCCGUGAAAACAAAGACGAGAAGCACAAUGUAAAUUAUUGUCGGCCGAUACUCUGAACCUGACAUUGUGCCACGUGACUUUUCUCUCUGAACGCUGGAUCCUAGUGUUUUACUUACCCAAGUGCGGCUAUAUUCAGUAGCAUUUUACUUGAAUAAAAUAAAUGCUGUGAUUGUGUCAUGCUAUACUUUGGGGGAUAACACUUGGCAUAAGUGUAGCAGGAAACGUAGGAACACUUUGCUUUUUUAAGCAUGUGCACAUGACUUAUUUUUCUAGUUUUUGACGGUCGUGUAUAUCAGUGUAUCAUCGGCAGAUGGUUAUGUGUCAUUAAUAAACAAUUAACAGAAUUUCCUAUUCCUAGGUUAA